AAUUAUUUCUAAUUGUGUAAGUGCAGCGCCGACUAAAAUCAACAAUGGGCUAAACUGAUUGCAACCCGAUAAAAAUAAAAUAACACACACACAUCAAUGCGAAUACCGCUGCAGUGAAAAAGUGAAAAUUCGAGUGGUGUCUCAAGCUCAGCCAGAAGCAGCGAGAAGUGAAUGUCUGUGUGUGUACGUGUACGUGUAUGUGUGCGUCUUACGUUUGCGAUACGUUACGUUGCAAGUGAAAUUUUUGACAAUUGCCCCAGCGGCGGCGGCGGCGGCAAUUGGAAUUUGUUUAUAUUAUAAUUCCUUACAGUGCGCUCCACAGAACUGAAGCAACUGCCCGCAAAUGUUGUUCCCCAAAUAUGAUAAUGAAAGAUGCACGAAUAUGACAUAUAUGCGCUAAAUGAGGAUCAAGCCCGUCUUCCGAAUGGCAAAUACAAAGUCAAACAACUAAACCAAACUGAAACACAAAUCAAAAGUUCGCUCAAAAAGCAAACAUCAGCUGAUCAAAACGAAACUUCCACAAGUCCCAUAAAAACCGAACAGCGCAGAUCAUCAGCGACAGCUUCACCGUCAAAGCCAACAACAACAACAACCAACUCUUCGAUAUAUCCAGAAGUGCAGGAGGUUAUCGAUCAGGUUGUCAACCAGGAGGAGGAGGUGAAAACCCAACCGCCAGCAGAAGUUCAGGAGAGCCCAAAACGUCGCCGACCGCGACGCGUUUAUGUGGCUGAGUUUACACGUUGCGCCAGUCUACGAUCACGUCAAGCGCCAGCAGUUGUUAUUGUUGCACUAGAGCCACCAAUAACACCGCCGCCGGCACAGGCAUCGCCAACACCAACCGAGUCCUCCGAGGAGAAGUAUUUGAAGCUAGAUCAAUUCAGGCCAGAAUUUUGGAAUCGCAUCGAAGAGGAGCCGGAGCCGAAGGUAACUGGCAAAAAGAAACGCGGCGGCAGCGUCAGCGUCGGUGGUAGGAACCGGAAGCGUCGCAAUCGGCCUGAGCUUGAUACGAAUUUCUCGCCGGAAACAGCUGCGGCCAUUGCAGCGGCACAGCUUGAGCUCGACUCGGCGAAACCGGCUUCGCGCUCCAUCCGCAAACGCAAGCGCAGCGGCAACAACAUGUCACUGUACGACAGACGCUAUCAAACGUCGAGCGAUGAGCAGCAGCGACGUGGCGGCGGUGUGGCCAAUGGCUAUGCGGUUGGUGGCAACGGGCUACGUGCUGGCAACAAUGCGGCAGGCGCUAGCGAUGUCGAUGUAGCUGAGCUGCAAAGCCAUCAGUAUUAUGUGCCCACCGGUGGCAGCAGUUCGAGUAGCACAAGCGCUGGCGCUGGCGCAGGACUCAAUGGCAGCAGCAGCGGUGCCUUGAAUCAUGUGCCAGCCAUGGGCACCCUAUGCAAUAUUGGCAACACAUGCUAUCUGAAUUCGGUGGUCUAUACGCUGCGCUUUGCACCGCAUUUCUUGCACAAUCUGCAUCAUCUCAUUCACGAUCUGAGCGUGGUGCAACAGACGAUCGUGCGACAGAAUAAUGCCAAGUCAGCGUCGCUGGGACGCAAUGUGAGCGGUGGCGGCGUGCAUUUGGAGCAUGCGAGAAGCUGGAGUAGCAAAGAUUUGGCCACCACAGAGUCGUCGUCGUCGUACAACAGCAAUAGCACCACAAAUGGCAGUGGCAGCAGCUCCAGCAGCGGCAGCAGCAGCAAGUCAAGUCUGCAAUCCGUCAGCGAGAAGCUGCAUGAACUGUAUCACAGUCUGCAUGGCAAUGAGAUGGCCGACUCGAGUGAGCCAUAUCAUGCGGACACAUUGCUGCAUGCCAUACAGGAUGUGAAUGCCACAUUCGAGGGCAAUCAGCAGCAGGAUGCGCACGAGUUUCUCAUGUGCGUACUCAAUUGUAUACGAGAAACGAAUCAGUCGCUGAUCAAGGCCAUUGGCGAGUGUCCCGAAGUGAUUGCAAAUGGUUACAUUGCUAAUCCCGACGAAACGGACACGGUGGAUGCCCUGGAUCGCUCUGAUGGAGGCAACCAUGCGCUAAUGAGCGCCUCUGGUAAUGGCUCGAUUGCCACUAGUCAAACACAAAGCACUACGACAACAAAAACAUCGUUUUUCUCACGCAAAUCGAAGAGAAAAGACGAAGUGAAAUCAUCGAAAGCAACGCGAGUGCAGUCACCGCUAAAGGACAACAGUCCAACCACAAGCGGCAGCAUGGGACCGCCGCAUGCGGCCUCCAAUAGUCUGUUCUAUUUGAACACAGUCGAUCUCAGCGGCAGCAGCAGCAGCACCAACAGCGCGGCGCCAAGUGCAGCUCCAGUGACCACAACCACAACAGCAACUGCAACGGUGCCAGCAAAAUAUUCCAGUGAUGAUGAAACGAACUCGGCUAGUCUGCUAAAGGAUAAAAUGCGAUUGGAGGAGCGCAUACGUGAGCUCAAUUUGAACUUCUUCAGCACCGAUUUCGAAGGCAUUGUGGUGCUGACAACCAAGUGCCUGAGCUGUGAGACUAUAACGCGUCAAAAGCAGGGCAUGCUCGACAUUUCGGUUCCCGUGCCCAUAUCUGGUUAUGAUAAUGCCGAACUGCAGGAGAAACCCAGCGCCUACAUACAGAACUCGUGCAUUACGCGUGAAUAUUUUCGCGGCGACAACAAGUAUAGUUGCAACCAGUGUACCGGCUACACUGAAGCCAUACGCUCCAUUUCAUACGAGGUGCUGCCACGUCUCUUGGUCAUUCAGCUGAAUCGCUUCUCGGGCGGCAUGGAGAAGGUUAGCACCUAUGUGCCGACCACAUUUACGCUGCCCUGUUUCUGUGCCAAGUGCUGUGAACUGAGCGACGCCAACAAGCUGCACGUCUACAAACUGUACAGCGUCAUCACGCAUGUCGGUGCCACACUAACUGUGGGCCACUACAUUGCGUAUACAUGUUUUCUGGACUUGGCCAGCGAUUAUAUGAACUGUCCCAAGGAUCGUCGCAACACCACAACGAGUCACGCACAGUCACAACAGUCGGCGUCCGCGGGCAGCAAUGAGAAUGCCGCACCGAGCAACAAUGGCAGUAGCAGCAGCAGCAGCAUUGUCAGCGCACCCGUCUCGGCGGCCGCUUCGGCGUUGGCCUCCUCGGGCACCAGUCUGAUGAAGAAGAUGAAAUUUGGACGCAGCAAGGCGUCGAGCAGCGGCGAUAUGAGCAAGAAUGUGAAGCAAUUGAAUGGUUUCACCAGCAAGACCAUCACAAAUGGCAUUGGCAAACUGAGUAUGAACACCACGUGCCACGGCGUCAACUGUUGUGCCAUGCGCCUGUGCUGCAGCCAACAACAGGCCAGCAACAGUGCGGCGGGCAGCAACAGCGCCAGCAGCAGCGAUUUCAGCGAGGAAUCACUGCAGAAUGGCAGCAACAGCAAUCUCAGCUACGGCAGCUCGGCCAGCAAUUCAGCGCAAUAUCCCACAGGCUAUGGCAGCACGGGGCGUGGCGGCGUUAAGGCAAAUUACACACAAGGGAGCAAUGAACCGAUUUGGUAUAUGUGCGAUGAUGAUAAAAUCAAAGCGAUGACACAGCGAGAAUUUGAGGAUUUAUUGUCACCCACGCGCAAAAUAACAAUCACACCAUAUUUGUUAUUCUAUGCGCGUUUCGAUCUGCAGCCAGCGGCCCAAUCGACGCCCUCAAAGCCGCCGUGCACAUCAUCGACACCGCCACCGCCGACGCCACAGAGCUCGUGGUCAAAUGAUAAUCUGCAAAGUGGUCUGCACAAGAUUUGAAAGGUUUUCGCCACAUUGCGCAACGGCUAUUUGAAAUCGUCAACACAGCAAAGAGGGGGAGCAAGAGCCCAGGAUACGAGAGGGGCAAUCCACGUCCACGAUGGGGACACGGAUAUAAACACACAUACGUACUGCAUCGGUGCAUACAAUAUGUCGUCUCUAGAUUAGGUCACACGAGUGUGCGAAUAUAUACAACAACACAAAAGAAAACAAAACAAAACAAAACAAAAAAUAAGUGAAGCAGAAGUCUGUUUGUUAAACAAUGUACUCGUUUAAGCUAUAUCGAUUAUCUACAUACAUAAAAAGAAA